AUGGAGAAAACGAAGGAAAUGGCCGAUUAUCUUGACGAACAUGACCCCCUAAAGAACUUCCGAAGCAAGUUUCAAAUCCCAACAAUUGGUGAGCUCAAGAAACAUUUAGGCGAAGAAGAAUGUAACAACAAUACUGAGGUCAUUUACCUCUGUACAAACUCUCUAGGUCUACCGCCAAAGUCGACUAAAGAAAACUUGGAGAAAGUAAUGGAGUCUUGGAGGGUUCUUGGAGUGCUUAGUCAUACUCAUGGCGUCUCCCCUACUGAGGCCUCAGAUAUUAAACCAAAGAAUUUUCUUGCUGAACACGUCGUUGGUGCCUUACCAGAUGAAGUUGCUGUAAUGGAAAGCUUAACUUCCAACAUUCACACCCUUCUGGCUGCUUUUUACAAGCCUGACGGUUUAAAGAAUAAAAUACUGAUAGAAAAAAACGCUUUCCCGUCUGAUUACUACGCUGUAGAGUCACAGAUGCAUAUUAGAGGGGUUGAAAAAUCCUCCCUGAUUGAAAUAGAUCUUCGUCCAAAGGGAAAUUACUUGACAAAAUGGGAGAUUGCUGAGGUAAUUACAAAUAAUGCUAAUGAGCUGGCUCUAGUUUGGCUUCCCGGUGUAUCUUACUUAACUGGACAAAAGUUGGAUAUUCCUUUCAUUACCCAACAUGUUCAUGAAGUCGCUAAAUGCCCAAUUGGUUUCGACCUAGCCCAUUCUGUUGGCAAUGUUGAAAUACAACUCCACGAUUGGGAUGUGGACUUUGCCGCUUGGUGUGGCUACAAGUAUCUCUGUGGAAGUCCAGGAGGCUGUGCAGGAAUAUUCGUGCAUGAAAAACACCACAUGAGUAAUGGAGAGUUUGCUCCAACGAAGAAAUACGCUUACGGUCCAGAGUUAACAGGUUGGUGGGGUCAUCGUUAUUCAACCCGUUUCCAAAUGAAAAAUGUUAUGGAGGUGGAAGGUGGUGCAGAUUCCUAUCGACGAUCUUGUCCUUCUAUGCUUCUAAACUCUGCGUUGACUUCCUCUCUAAUGAUCUUCCAAGAAGCUGGCGGAAUGAAGGCACUCGUUGAAAAGUCGGCCAAACUAACUCAAUUCUUUGUAUCUUUGCUAACUACUGGGCCUGAGGCUGAAGAACUGGGCUUAGAGUUGAUAUCACCAGCAUCUCUAAAUGAUAGGGGAUCACAAAUCUCGAUUAAAACUAACGUGGAUGUCGAGGAGCUCUAUUCGAGAUUAAUCAUGCGCGGAGUUAUCUGUGAUACUCGAAAACCUUGCUACAUUCGUCUGGCCCCAUUCGCUCUCUACAAUUCAUUCAAUGAUGUUUACAAAGCAGCGAAAAUUAUUAUUGAAGAAAUAAAGAUAGUCUCAAAGUCUUAA